CAAAAUAACAGAAUACGUGACACUGACGCACCAGAUAACACAGAAUUUAACUAGAUAACAUAGUUUUGCUUAUUUCCAUUUGUUUAUAAGCCUUCUAUACUUGAUAAUGUGCGGCACGAAACCUUGACAUCUAAUAAAACCAUAAAAAUGCUGAAUCUAGACGAUUUUAAGGACUUUAUAGCAGUUUCAGCAUCAAUCUGUACAAUUCUGCAAUUUCUCUCUGGAACCCUGGUGUGCCAAAACUUUGUGCAAAAAGGAAGCACAGGUGACAUAUCUGCAUUCCCUUUCAUUAGUGGAUGUUUAUCAACCAGCUUGUGGCUUCGAUAUGGAUUUAUAAUACAGGAAAGAUCCAUAAUUUUAGUCAACACUAUUGGUGCUACACUCUUUUUUGCUUAUGUUUUAACAUUCUACUUUUACAGUAUUAAAAAAUGGGCUGUUGUAAGGCAAUUCCUCCUAUGCAUGCUGAUUUUGAUAGCAAUACUUUUCUAUUCCUCAACUGGAAAUGAAUCUGAUGAGAAAGAAUUAGAAGCUGUUCGCAGUCAUAUAGGCACUCUAUGCUGCAUCAUGACUAUAAUUUUCUUUGCUGCACCAUUCUCCACAUUAAUGCAUGUUAUUAAAGUGAAAAGCUCAGAGAGCAUGCCAUUUCCACUUAUCUUGACAAGCUUUCUAGUUUCAUGUCAGUGGUAUGCAUAUGGUUUAAUAAUUAAAGAUCAGUUUGUCCAGAUUCCUAACUUCUUAGGCAGUGUUUUAUCUGCCAUUCAGCUAUCUCUGUUCUGUUUAUAUCCAACAAAAUACAAACCACUGGAUCAGAUUUAAGUGGGAGAAUAAUUGUUAUUUAUUGAAUAAAGGAUAAUUAUUUUAA